AUGUCCUUUCCACCUCACGACAUUUCCACCCCAUUUAGCUUUCCAGAGGAAGAAAAGAAAAUAAUUGCCUUUUGGAGGGAGAUAGACGCGUUCCGAACGCAGCUGAAACUUACAGAGGGUCGACCACCGUUCUCCUUUUACGAUGGUCCACCUUUUGCCACUGGUCUUCCACAUUAUGGGCAUCUACUAGCAGGCACUGUGAAGGACAUUGUAACAAGGCACGCGAGCGCAAGCGGAUACUACGUCGAGAGACGAUUUGGGUGGGACACCCACGGUCUCCCAGUAGAACAUGAGAUCGACAAAAAACUCGGUAUUAAAGGAAAAGAAGACGUGAUGGCUAUGGGUAUUCCCAAAUACAAUGCGGAGUGCCGAGCGAUCGUCAUGCGAUAUGCGAGCGAAUGGAAGCAAACAGUCGAACGCAUGGGGAGGUGGAUCGACUUCGAGAACGAUUACAAGACGCUCAACACGUCAUUUAUGGAAUCGGUGUGGUGGGUCUUUGGCGAAUUGUUUGAUAAAGGGCUAGUCUACCGCGGGUUGCGUGUUAUGCCUUAUUCAACGGGAUGUACGACACCCUUGUCGAAUUUCGAAGCGGGGCAGGAUUACCGUGAUGUUAGCGAUCCAGCAGUCACUGUUGCAUUCCCUCUCGUCGACGAUCCUAAGACAUCUCUUCUCGCCUGGACGACCACCCCUUGGACCCUCCCGAGCAACCUAGCUCUGUGCGUCCAUCCCAAUUUCGAUUACAUCAAGAUCCACGACGAGGCGCGUCAAGAGAACUUCAUUAUCCACGAAAGUCUCCUUACCACGCUAUACAAAGACCCGAAGAAAGCGAAGUUCAAGAAAGUAGGGACGUUCAGAGGCGUAGAUAUGAAAGGAUGGAGAUAUGUCCCAUUAUUUGACUAUUUUACCGACAAGUAUGAAGAUCGGGCAUUCAGAGUGCUCGUGGACGAGUAUGUUACCAGCGACAGUGGUACCGGAAUAGUCCAUCAAGCACCGGCCUUUGGCGACGAUGAUCAUCGCAUCGCAAUAGCCAACGGGAUCAUAAAUGCAGACGAAAUGCCUCCCUGUCCCAUCAAUGACGCAGGGAAUUUCACCAAUGAGGUCCCAGACUUCGCUGGGAAGCAUGUCAAGGUCGCUGAUAAAGACAUCCAGAGAGUCCUCAAGCAGAGAGGAAGAUUGAUUGUUCAAUCAACUAUCGUUCAUCAGUACCCCUUCUGCUGGCGUUCUGGCACACCAUUACUGUACAGGGCGAUUCCAGUAUGGUUUGUCCGCGUCCAGCCAGCAGUAGAUCGACUCAUCGCGAACAACCAAGAGACGAGAUGGGUGCCGCAAGUCAUCGGUGACAAUCGUUUCGGGAACUGGCUGGCAAGUGCUCGAGACUGGAAUAUUUCACGGAAUCGCUAUUGGGGGACACCUAUCCCAUUGUGGGUCAGCGAUGACUAUGAGGAGAUCGUGUCAGUAGGAUCCAUCGCUCAAUUGGAAGAACUUUCAGGAGUGAAAGGCAUCAAAGAUUUGCAUCGCGAGAGCAUCGAUCACAUCACCAUCCCUUCGAAGCAAGGUAAAGGUGUUCUUCGGAGAGUGGAGGAGGUUUUCGAUUGCUGGUUUGAAUCUGGGAGCAUGCCGUAUGCUCAACAACACUAUCCUUUUGAGAAUAAGGAGAAAUUUCAAGCUACUUUCCCAGCGGAUUUCAUUUCAGAAGGUAUCGACCAAACUCGAGGGUGGUUCUACACGCUUCUGGUCCUUGCUACCCUCCUCUUCGACACCGCGCCUUGGAAGAACGUGAUCGUCAGUGGCCUCGUCCUUGCCGCUGAUGGGAAAAAGAUGAGCAAACGUUUGAAGAAUUAUCCGGAUCCCAACCUUGUCAUCGAUACCUACGGUGCCGACGCUACGCGGUUAUUCCUCGUCAACUCACCCAUCGUCCGGGCAGAGAACCUCCGGUUCCGGGAAGAAGGCGUGCGAGAGGUUGUCUCAAGAGUGUUGCUGCCAUGGCUGAACUCCUUCCGCUUUUUCCUUGGCCAAGUGAACCUCUACAAAAAAGAGCACGGGAGAGAUUUUGUGUACGACUCUCACGCCAAGAAGUCAACGAAUGUGAUGGAUCGCUGGAUCCUGGCCAGAUGCCAGUCUCUUAUCAAGCUGGUGCGAGAAGAGAUGGCAGCGUACCGUCUAUACACCAUUAUACCGCGAUUGUUAGACCUAAUUGAUGAGCUGACUAAUUGGUACAUCCGAUUCAACCGCAAGCGUUUGAAGGGUGAUAAUGGACCGGACGAGACCCUUGUUGCAUUGAACACCUUGUUUGAAGCUCUGUUCACGCUCUGUCGGACAAUGUCGUCUUACACUCCAUUUUUAACGGAGAAUCUAUAUCAGAGUUUGCGAGGAUACAUCCCUGCCUCCGAGGAUCUUGGAGAAGAUCCCAGAUCUAUCCAUUUUUUGGGAUUCCCGGUGGUGAAGGAAGAGUACUUUGACUCCGACAUCGAACGCCAGGUUAAGCGGAUGCAGAGCGUCAUUGAACUCGUUCGAGGUCUACGAGAGAAGCACUCCCUCUCCUUGAAGACGCCAUUGAAAGAGCUCCUUGUUUUCCAUCCCGACUCAUCAUAUCAUGCGGACAUUGAACCGCUCCAGUCCUAUCUCACCUCCGAACUCAACAUUCGCGAUGUCGAUUUCACCUCUGAUCAAAUACGCACUGGAGUGAAGUACCGUGCAACUGCAGACUGGCCAGUGCUUGGCCGGAAGCUCCGCAAGGACGUCGGUCGUGUGAAGAAUGUUCUGCCCAAGGUGACAUCCGAUGAUAUAAAGGCAUAUCUCGAAACUGGGAAAAUACUUGUUGAUGGGAUAGAGCUCGUUGCUGGUGACCUCGCUGUUACACGCUAUGUUGACCUUCCGGCGAACGGGUCGUUCGCGACGAACACAGACAAUGACGUCGUAGUUGUCCUAGACAUUCAGCUCCAUCCGGAACUCGAGAGUGAAGGAGUGGCUAGAGAACUUAUUAACCGUAUCCAAAAGUUGCGGAAGAAGGCAGGCCUGCAAGCAACGGACGACAUCGAUGUUUUCUACUCAUUAGAGCAGAACACGGGUGAAGCGUUGAAACAAGUCCUGCAAUCACAUUCCGACGUCAUUACCCGAACUACACGAAGUACCCCUGCUGAUGCAAGUUUGCUGAAAGCAGACACAAAAAUACUGCUAGAGGAAGCUCAAGAAAUUGGAGAGACUAGAUUUAGCCUGUGUCUUGCACUGCCAAGUACAUAG